AUGAAAAUCCAAAGGCUGUUCAUCUAUCCUGUCAAAUCACUCCUGCCAAUUGAGGUGUCAAUUGCAGAAAUCACGAGUGAGGGCUUUCGCUUUGACCGGCAGUAUAUCCUUGUCAGAGAUCCCAAGAGCCACCCCACGAUACGACCUCAUCUGGCCGAGCACCUUACCGUCAAACGGGUGUAUAAAUUGGCACUCUUCCAGCCUUCAAUCAAUGAUGAUUGGUCGGAGCUAACUAUCAAGCACACGGUGGCCCAGCCGGAGUCUUCAAUUACUAUUCCUCUCACACCAUCGCCGCUGUCAUGUCUAGACGCGCCGUCGUACCAAGUGAGCGUCUUCGGAACCGAAGCUUCGGCCGUUGAUAUGGGAGACGGCCCGGCCGAGUUCUUUAGCAAGCAUCUCGACAUACCUACAAGAUUAUUGUUCAUCUCCGGAUCGGGUAGCCGCGAGAUCCCAGGAGCUGCAUACAUCCCUAAACACCGGCUGCCAUUAACAAUCAAGGCUGCCGGUGAACAUUUCCAGCCACAACGAAUCCGAUUUGCGGACGCUGCUCCGUUCCUGGUGACAUCAACGGCAUCUGAAGAGGACGUCAGAAUCCGGCUACCGCCAGAUAAUCAGCAAGAAGAUGUCUUGCUCCGCUUCCGUACUAAUAUCCACGUCGAUGUGGGAUCUGUUGCGGCGUGGGACGAAGAUCACUGGAGAGAGCUCACUGUAUUUGCAGAAGACGGGACUACGCCAAAAGCAGUUGUCCGCUGUGUCUUCAAGACCCCUCGCUGUCUGAGUAUCAACGCCAACAUACAGACAGGGGGUGGAUCUCCGAGGAGCACACAAGUCUACGGCUUAAUAGCUAGAGAUAGACGCGUAAACAAGGCGUACCCUAUGAAACCAGUCUUUGGACAGUGGUCGUUUGCAGGUCCCAACGGGGCCUUGCUUCGAGUAGGCGACGAAGUUAAAGUUACGGAGAGAGGGGCAAACGACAAUUUGAGUGAGAAUCUUGUUUCGGCUUAA